AUGACGGACAUGGAGAGACUCCUCAGUUCAAUGAAGAAGGGAAAAGAUGGAGCUUGGAUUGGUCUGUUCUACCAAACAGAUGGUACUAGAACAUGGCAUUGGUCUCUGCCUGGAGUGGAGCUCAAUGAAAAGAGUAAGCAAAAUAAGAAAUUUCAAGUGAUAGAACAAAAGAAGACCUGGCUCAAAGCUCAGAGUUACUGCAGAGACAAACACACAGAUUUAGUCAGCGGUACAAACCAGCUCAAGGAUCCCCAACUCGAGAAAGAGAUCAAGUCCGUGAACACAUUUGUGUUUGUCGGCCUGUUCAGGGACGCCUGGCGCUGGUCAGAUGGAAGCAGUUUCUCUUUCAGACACUGGCAUGAAGAGUUUGAUGAUGAGCAGGAAAAUGACGAUAAAGUGAUCCUGAUCAAAGAGAAGAUGAACUGGGAGGACGCCUUGACCUACUGCAGAGAUCACCACCAUGACCUGGUCACCAUCACCAACAUGGAUGAUCAGAGAUGGAUCCAGGAGAAAGUCAAGAACGSAUCGACUGAUUAUGUCUGGAUGGGUCUGCGCUUCACCUGCACUCUGGAUUUCUGGUUCUGGGUCAGUGAUGAGGUGGUCAGCUAUCAGAACUGGGCUUUAGAUGGACCGAUGGACGACUGUCAGUGUUGUUUCAUGGACUGUCAGCUCUAUGAGUAUCACUACUUUAAUGAGAAUAAGACCUGGACUGAAGCUCAGCAGUACUGCAGAGAGAAACACACUGACCUGGUCACAGUGACUAACAUGAAGGACAUGAAGAGACUCAUCAACAUCUCAGCUGGAGAUCAGAGUGAAGCUUGGAUUGGUCUGUAUGAUCAAACACAUGGUACCAGAACAUGGUACUGGUCUCAAUCUGAAGUGGAGUUCAAUGAAAAAACAAAUGAAUCAAAGACAUUUCACUUGAUUCAAGAAGCAAAGACCUGGCUAGAAGCUCAGAGUUACUGCAGAAAGAAUCACACAGACCUGGUCAGUGGAACGAAGCAGCUACUGGACCAGCAGCUCAAAAAUGUAUGCAGCUCUGUAGGACAAAACCAGUAUAUACUUAACGGUUUAUUCAGAGACACCUGGAGGUGGUCAGAUGGAAGCAGUUUCUCUUUCAGACACUGGAAUCUGCAGUUUAACAAUCAGAGAAUCAACAGUGGUCAAUGUGCCGUGACUGUGUUUGAUGAUGAAGGCAGAUGGAGGAAUGAGAACUGCUCUGUGAGAAAACCCUUCAUCUGUUAUGAUGAUCAAGUGAUCCUGGUCAAAGAAAAUAUGAACUGGUCAAAAGCCUUAAACCACUGCAGAACUCACCACCAUGACCUGGUCACCAUCACCAACAUGGAUGAUCAGAGAUGGAUCCAGGAGAAAGUCAAGAAKGCAUCGACUGAUUAUGUCUGGAUGGGUUUGCGCUUCAAUUGUACUCUGAAUUUCUGGAUCUGGGUCUGUCCCGGGAUGACCACCUUUAACAUCUCAGAUGGAGCGACGGAUGACUGUAACAUAUCUGGCUGUAUGGAUGUCAGAGGACAACAUAGAUGGUUUGAUAAAAAUGCUUCAGAGGAGUUUAAUUUUAUCUGUAAGGUUUAAAUCUCACUAAAUGCUUUUACAAGAUUACUUGGUGUUUCUUGUUUUUAAAUUACUGACAGUAAAGUGUAAUUGCAGUUCUGGUAAGAACCAUACUUUUUUUAUAUUAUAUUGACCCAAAUGAUCACAUAGUUUGGUGGAAACUUUACACUUAAAGUACUCUAAACAAUUUGCUGUGAAGGUUUACAGUGAAAAUUAUAAUCAUGUUUUGGAGACUUUUAGUGAAAAGAUGUACAUGUGCAUUUUUCUGUAACACUCUGUUCUAUAACUGUUUUUAUCAUAGCAGGAGUGGGAUCAGUUUUCAA